UCAGGGGCUGCGUGCACCAUGGCCUGGACCCCCGUCCUCCUCGUGCUCCUCUCUCAGUGCACAGGUUCCCUCUCCCAGCCUGUGCCGACUCAGCCGCCCUCCCUCUCUGCAUCUCCCGGAGCAACAGCCAGACUCACCUGCACCCUGAGCAGUGAUCUCAGUGUUAGUGGUAAAGACAUAUACUGGUUCCAGCAGAAGCCAGGGAGCCCUCCCCGGUAUCUCCUGUACUACAACUCAGACUCCGAUAAGCACCAGGGCUCCGGGGUCCCCAACCGCUUCUCCGGAGCCAAAGACACCUCGGCCAACGCAGGGCUUCUGCUCAUCUCGGGGCUCCAGGCUGAGGAUGAGGCCGACUAUUACUGUAAUAUAUGGGACGGCAACUCUAAGUCUUACACAGUGAUCCUGUCCCAGAAGGAAGUGAGACAAAAACCAUGGGCUUAA